CGUGUAAAAUUAAAGAAAUUGCAUUUAUUUAAGAAAAUAUAAUAAAAAAAGUGAACAAAUUGGCACUAAUUCGAAAUGAGUGAUAUGGAAAUAUCCUCAAUGGGUAUUACUCAGAAUUUACCCCCAGACUCUUACGACACCGUGGCAAAUAUGGGUGCUCCAUCUGGAAUUAUCUUGGAAGAUAUUUAUCAUGAAAAAUCUGAUAAUAAAAAAUCGAAAAGCUCAAAGGAUGGUCGUUCUCCAUCAAAGUCGAAAGACUAUGGCAGAGAUAGAGACAGGAGCGAUAGAGAUCGUGAGGAUAGGGACAAAAGUCGAAAGAAAAGGGAUCGUUCCAGGGACAAAGAACGUGAAAAAGAUAAAGAUAGGGAUCGUAUACGUGACCGCGACCGUGACAGAGAACGUGAUCGUAAACGUGAAAGUCGAGAACGUAGUGAUAGAACCAAUGAUCGUGACGCGGACCGAGAUCGUCAUCGUAAAGAUCGAGAACGUGAUUCACGUUCACAUCGUAGUAGAUCUCGGACAUACGAUGGCUACGAUGCAAGACGUGGUGGUCGGCGACGUUCCCGAAGCCGUGAUAAAGAUCGUGACCGUCGAAGGGAUUAUCGUGAAAGAGAUCGAGAACGUGAACGUUCUCGUAGUCGUAGUCAUGACCGUUCCAAAAGACGAUCUAGUCGUGAUCGUACUCGCAGUCGUGAACGUGAUCGUAUACGCCGCAGUCCUUCACGUGAAAGAUUCCCAAAUUUAGUUUUGGCACCUAUAAAGGAAGAGGUACCACAAACACGUUUUGACUUGACACAAACUAUACAGGAACUUAUGAGCAGUACUUCAAACAAUAAGCACUUUGCUGCCCUAUUCAAUUGCAAUAACAGCAACGAUUCAACUUCAAAUGGACCAACAGAAAUGUCACUAGAAGAAGCUGCUGAACGUAGACGACGUAGAAAAUCUCGUUGGGGUGGUACUGAAAAUGAUAAAACAUUUAUACCCGGCAUGCCGACUAUAUUACCAUCUACAUUGGAUCCUACUCAACAAGAAGCAUAUUUAGUUCAACUACAAAUUGAGGAAAUAAGCCGUAAGCUGCGCACUGGCGAAUUGGGUAUACCACAGAAUCCGGAAGAAAGGUCUCCCUCUCCGGAACCAAUUUAUAGUUCCGAUGGCAAACGGUUGAAUACACGUGAAUUCCGCUAUCGCAAGAAAUUGGAAGAACAGAGGCAUCAAUUGAUACAGAAAAUGCAGGCCGUUAAUCCUGACUUUAAACCGCCAGCAGAUUACAAGCCACCAGUAACACGCGUUAUUGACAAAGUUUUAAUACCCCAAGAACAACAUCCUGAUAUUAAUUUUGUGGGUCUUUUAAUUGGUCCUCGUGGUAACACAUUAAAAGCCAUGGAAAAAGAAACUGGCGCUAAAAUUAUUAUCAGAGGUAAAGGUUCUGUCAAGGAGGGCAAGGUGGGUCGCAAAGAUGGUCAACCUUUGGCUGGAGAAGAUGAGCCUUUGCAUGCUUUCAUUACUGCACCCAAUCCCGAGGCGGUAAAAAAGGCUGUCGAUAAAAUAAAAGAUGUCAUAAGACAAGGCAUUGAGGUGCCCGAAGGUCACAAUGAUUUGCGACGCAUGCAAUUGCGUGAAUUGGCGCAGCUUAAUGGUACACUUCGAGAAACAGAUUGUCCAAAUUGUGGUUCGACUGAACACAAGUCUUGGCUUUGUCCUGAUAAACUAAAUGUCACCAAUAGCAUUGUUUGUACUUCAUGUGGUGGAGCUGGUCAUAUUUCUAAAGAUUGUCGCAGCAAACGUCCUGGCGCCGGUAUUAUGGGUGAAGUGACCGAAAACUCUCAAGCUAAAAUUGAUGAAGAAUAUCUUAGUUUAAUGGCUGAAUUGGGCGAAGGACCACCGCCCUCAGCCGCACAAAAGCCUUCGGCUGAUCCCUUAGCACAAGCUCAUAUUAAUAGAGGUUAUAGUAUUUUUGAUAAAAAACCCAACACUAUGCAAGCUAUUCAAGCACCACCACCAGGACCACCAAGUGGUAUGCCACCGGCUGGUUUAAAUGUUAUAGCACCGCCACCACCAAUACCACCAGCAUGGGGACAAUCAUCGAAUGUACCGCCCAUGGGUAUGCCACCAUUAAUUCCGCCUCCACCAACAUCACAGCCUCCACCGCCAGCUCCGCCACCAGUAAUGCCUUGGAUGAAUGCUGCCCAACCUCCUCCACCAGGUGGUGAUCCGCCACCACCACCCGGUACUGGCCCAUUACAACCACCAGGCACUGGAGCUAUGCCACCAUUACUACCACCCCCACCAGGUACUGGACUUCCAGGUGGUUUGCCACCAUGGCCCGGAGCGCCUGGUUUAAUGCCACCAGGUUUUCCAGCUUGGGGUGCAGUACCUGGUGCCUAUGCACCUCCGCCACCACCACCCCCUUGCGGCCCACCACCACCAGGUCUGAGUGGGCUAUCUCAACCGCCACCACCACCUCCGCCAUCCGCAUAAACAGUGGAGUGAGUUGAAGCAAAAUUCUAAAGUGAAUACGAAAAUCUACAAAAUUAAAACUUUGUCAAUUGGUUGAGGACUUGAAAAGUGUUGCAAUCAAUUAAACCGACAGACAGUCGACAAUGAAUAAAUAGUAUACAUCUACUAUCUCUUAAAGUAAAUUUAAGUAUAUAUAUUUAAAAAAUAGUUUGUGUUUUAUCUUUUCCAUAAAACAAGUAGAAAGCUUAAAUUUCUACUAGUGAAAAUUGAAUUUUAUCGAGUAAUUAAACCAAAUUAGUAAUGAAUCAAAAUUUAAAAAAACUCAAGCUAUUUUAAUAAAUUCAAUUAUAUUGCUUUAAUUUUAAAUUGACUAUGCAAAUGCAUACAUAUAUAUGUAUGUAUCACUAAAGCAUAAUUGGUAGAAAUAAAUACAAUUAAGAUGUUUCAUUUUUAAUGUAAACAAAAUAUUUAAAUCCUUACAUUUGACUAUAAUCAAUAAAGUUUAAAGUAAAUUAAA